AUGGCCUUUAGUGGUAUUUUUGGUGACAAUUUUGAAAAGUACUUACCAUCAAAAUACAAAGACAUCAUAGAUUUUCAGACACUACUCAAGGCUGAAUACAAAAUGAGUGGAGAUAGUCUCACGAGGGAGAGGAAGAGGAAGAAAACUACAAGCAUCAAGCCCCACCUCAGAAUUGCAGUCUCUGGUGCUGAGCCAUCUGAGAGCAUCAAGCCCCACCUCAGAACUGCAGCCCCUGCUGCUGAGUCAUCUGAGAGCCUCAAGCCCCACCUCAGAACUGCAGCCCCUGCUGCUGAGUCAUCUGAGAGCAUCAAGCCCCACCUCAGAACUGCAGCCCCUGCUGCUGAGUCAUCUGAGAGCAUCAAGCCCCACCUCAGAACUGUAGCCCCUGCUGCUGAGUCAUCUGAGAGCAUCAAGCCCCACCUCAGAACUGCAGCCCCUGCUGCUGAGUCAUCUGAGAGCAUCAAGUCCCACCUCAGAACUGCUGCCCCUGCUGCUGAGUCAUCUGAGAGCAUCAAGCCCCACCUCAGAACUGUAGCCCCUGCUGCUGAGUCAUCUGAGAGCAUCAAGCCCCACCUCAGAACUGCAGCCCCUGCUGCUGAGCUGCUGCUUUGUGGCUAUCCAGCCACUGGACUUCUUGGUUACCAUGAAAGAUCAAAGAAAGAAAUAGGGAGGUAAAUGUGGGAUCCUCUGCAUGGAA